AUGAAGUUUGUUUCGCCUCAGUCGAGAGGCUCCUCCCCCGCGCUCCUCCUGCUCCUGCUCAUCUGGGGACCGAGAGCAAGUUCGGAGAAGGGAGUGGGGCAGACGUGGAUAGGGGACUCGUUCCUGGAGAUAGAGAUAGAGAGGGUCCCCCGAGAGUUUCGGCAUGGAGAGGUCAUGAAUGUUGCCGUCACUAUGGUGGGCGAUGGCCGAUCCCUCGCUAUGGGCGCUUCACCAUCCUUCAUCGUGUUUAUCGACCACAGCCCCAUCAAGGACGAGGACGGCGCUACGACUAUCCACAAGUUCCCACCCCUCAACCAGUACAACGAGUCAGGGUAUACCUUGCAGCUCCUGCUCACUCAGCUGGCGGAGGGCUGGCACUGGAUCUCUGUGGGGGUGUUGGACCUCGAUCAAACCUCGCACAGGGUGGUGUACGAGAUAGGGCUGGACUUCACUGUAGUCGGAGCCUUCUCUUCCAUGGAGCAGGAUGCGCUCAAGACUUCUGUCUCCAAGUGCAUCGCCCCCAGCUCUACCAGCCAGGGUUGUCGAGACUAUGUUCAGCUGCGACUGUCUCCCCUCUCCCCCUUCCUCACCCGGACUGAGCUUGCUAUGCUCAAGAACACGGCAGAGUCUUACUUCGGCCACGUCAUCGACGAAGGCCUGCUAGAGAUGUUCCCGUGGGAUUACGAGAAGAGCGCCUUCGAAUCAUGUGCUGUCGUUGGAAGCUCAGGGCACCUGCUGGGCUCAGGAUUCGGACGAGACAUCGAUGUCCACGACCUCGUCAUCAGGUUCAACGACGCGCCAGCUGGAGGAGAGUACGAGAGCGACGUCGGUAGCCGGACCACCCAUCGCGUCCUCCACUCCUCCGGAAAGAUUUUGGAGUUCCUGCAUGCAAACCUGGAGGAGCUCACUCGGAAUAACGAGACCCUCCUGUUCCGUGGGGACUGGAAGCCAGACAUUGACAAGUACUUCCAGCUGAUCCACCCGAUCGUCGCUGAGGAUGUUUGCAACGAGAGCAAGUGCGGUCGGAUAAGGAUCUUCUCCACUUACUUCAACCUCCUCGUGUGGCGAUGGAUCGGAGCCAGGGGGGCAGACUGCGUACCCUCGAGCGGCAUGAUCGGCAUCAUGUGGGCCCUGCAGUCUUGUCUGCACGUGGACACCUAUGGCUUCGGACGGCACCCCUCCGUCAGGCAAGGUCCUCGAACGAGGUACAAGUACUACGGAGAGGUGUACGACGUUGGAGACGCAGGUCACAACUGGAACCUCGAGGAGGAACUUCACGACCGUCUGCAAGCAGCAGGCCUACUUGUUCGGAACUUCGGAUGA